UUUCUUCUUACUCUCUCCUUCAAACUACAAACCGCCACCAACCCGCUCUGUCUACUUCCUCUUCACGAGGCAAUUCCUCAUUCCCUAAAUCCAUCCUCUUUUCCUCUACUCCAAUCCAACCCCAGCUUUGUCUCGACUCUCAACCUCAAUUUCCCCCCACCACCGUCUUUCCUCCCUCUUCCCCGCUGCGGAUCCCCCUUCCCCCCUCCGCUCGCUCUCUCGCCCAUCAUGCCCAUGCUCAAAGAUCCCUCGAAGAAAUACAAGCGGUUUCAGCCGAUCCACCUUCCUGACCGCCAAUGGCCCAACAAGGUCAUCGAUAACCCUCCCCGCUGGCUGGCCACGGAUUUGAGAGAUGGUAACCAGAGCUUGCCCGACCCCAUGGAUGGGGAACAAAAACUCCGCUUCUUCAAGAUGCUCCGCGACAUCGGUUACAAGGAAAUCGAAGUCUCAUUCCCCUCUGCCUCCCAAACUGACUUCGACUUUACCCGUCGCCUGGUCGAAACUCCUGGCCUGGUUCCCGAUGAUGUAUGGCUCCAAGUCCUGUCCCCGUGUCGCGAGGACCUGAUCCGGCGCACGGUAGACUCCCUCAAGGGAGCCAAGAAGGCGAUCCUGCACAUCUACCUGGCUACAAGUCCGUGUUUCCGGCGUAUCGUCUUCAAUAUGGACAAGGAGAAGAGCUUGGAGAUGGCCGUCCGCUGCACCAAGUAUGCGCGGUCGAUCACCAAGGAUGACCCUGAGAUGGCUGGUACAGAAUGGCACUUCGAGUUCUCGCCGGAGACUUUCUCGGAUACCGAGCCCGAGUUCGCCGCACAGGUAUGCGAGGCCGUCAAGGCCGCCUGGGAGCCCACGGAGAAGGACCCCAUCAUUUUCAACCUGCCCGCCACGGUUGAGAUGUCGACCCCCAACGUCUUCGCCGACCAGGUCGAGUUCUUCUGCCGCAACGUCUCUGAGCGCGAGAAGUACGUUGUCUCCGUUCACCCCCACAACGACCGCGGUUGCGCCGUCGCCGCCGCCGAGUUGGCCCAGAUGGCUGGCGCACAGCGUGUCGAGGGUACCCUGUUCGGCAACGGUGAGCGCACUGGAAACGUUGACCUGGUCACCCUGGCCCUCAACCUCUAUACGCAAGGUGUCUCGCCCAAGGUCGACUUCUCCGACAUCAACUCGGUCAUUAAGGUCGUCGAGGAGAGCAACAAGAUUCCCGUGAACGAGAGAUGGCCCUACGGCGGGCAGCUGGUGGUGUGCGCUUUCAGCGGCAGUCACCAGGACGCGAUCAAGAAGGGAUUCAAGCUUCGCGAGGAGGCGGGUGCCAGCGACGACACGAAAUGGGAGAUCCCCUACUUGCCCCUGGACCCGCAGGACAUCGGCCGGACCUACGAGGCUGUUAUCCGUGUCAACUCGCAGAGCGGCAAAGGUGGUGCCGCUUGGGUCAUCCUGCGCAGCCUGGAGCUGGAUCUCCCGCGCGCUCUGCAGGUGGAGUUCAGCAAGAUCGUGCAGCGCAAGACCGAAGAUGUCAGCCGCGAGCUGCUGCCCAGCGAAGUGGUGGCCCUGUUCGAGGAAGCCUACCACCUCAAGUCCAACCCGCGCUUCACGCUGAUCGACUACAACAUCACGACGGACCGGUCGACCUCCCCCGCACCUCCAGAGCCCGGCAAAGCUCUCAACACCAAGAACCUGAAGCGUCGCUUCACGGGUAUCAUCGAGAUCGACAACGUUCAGCACGGCAUCACCGGUGUUGGCCCCGGUGCCAUCUCCUCGCUGGCCAACGCGCUGGCCACCCUGGGCAUCGACCUCGAUGUUGUCGACUACAAGGAACAUGCCAUUGGUCUGGGUCGCGACGUAAAGGCUGCCACCUACAUCCAGUGUACUGCCGCCGGCAGCAAGGAAACCGUCUGGGGUGUUGGCAUUCACCAGGAUGUUGUCCAAGCCAGUUUGAUUGCUCUCCUCAGCGCCGCCAGCUCUUUCCUCACCAGCCGCGCCGGCUCUCCCGCCCCAUUCCGCCCCAUCCGUUCCAACACUCUCACAGACGAGGACCUCGAAGCCCUCGAAACCCUCGCCGGCAGCUCCAAGCCCAAAGUCGAUUUGGCCAGCCUCACCAAGCAAGCCGAGAGCCAGUGAUUGGCUGUCUCUCGUCAACAAAGAACAAGUCUUUCUUGUCUACCUUUAAACAAACAUAACAAAACGUCUUUCGGUUUUGGGAGCAUUUCUCUUGUUUCAUAAUGUCUAGGGGCGGGUCCUGGGAGGAAUAUAUCCUCUUCUCUUUUUUUUCUCUUUCUUUUUCCCCUUCUUUUUUCUAUAUUACACGAAUGUGAAUGAAAGGUUUUGAAAAACUUUGUAAUGUUCUCGGUGAGGAGCUCAGAGAGGGGGGAGGAGAAAGAGACAGAGAGAAAGCAUGUGCGUGUGUUGUCACUAGAAGUGCUGGGUGGGUAAUUUCGGGGCUAGUAUUGUGAAGCAGAUUCGUGCGAUACUAUCUUGCCAAUAUACGUUUCGAACCUUUCUAUAGUACGACGCAAACAUCUCAAGUGUACACACGCUGUCUG